CAGCUGUUUUUUGUAGUAGUUUUCAGUUUCAAAUAAAUUAAGUAUAUUUUAGAAUAAAUUCUCGCUUAGUUUUUCACUAACAACAGCGAAAAAAAAUGUCAUUUUUUCUGUAUCAAUUGUCAAAAAAAAACAUAAAUAAUACACAACGCCAACUAAGCAAAUUCCAUCCAAAUGUGUCUGGUAAUUAUGAAGUUUAAUUUUUUUCAAUCGCACUCGAUUUCGGAAAUGCUCACGAUUCUUCUUUUCUUUUUAAAACACGGAUGAAACGAGGAAAAUCAAUAAUCGGCGCUACGUAGUAUCGAUUAUAUUAUUGCGCGAUUCUUUCAACGUAACAUAACCUCUAAUCUAAUCAGCUGUUUCAAGAGGUUUCCUGCCAGAUUACAGUUUAUGAAAAAUAAUUACACAGGUACCUUUAUUAACCGUUCAAAAUGGUACUUAACGUGUUUAUAAGGAGCGUUACUUUGGUUUAUUGCCAGAAGAGGCGAGAAUUUGGGAAAUUAAGAAAAUAUGGUGCCGUAUUCACCGCUGGUCUUGCCUUGUUCUCCACCAAACAACCUGUUGACACAACAGGCUUUAUGGCUAUUCCUAUCACUUCAUUGGAAAAACUGGCCAACACACCGGACGAUAUGAAAACGAAGAUGGAACUGAUGAUUAUGAAAGUACAAAGUGACGUUUGCAAGGCCCUGGAAACUGAGGAUGGAGGCAAGUUUAAGGUGGAUCGGUGGACAAGGAAAGAAGGAGGAGGUGGUGUCACUUGCGUAAUGCAAAAUGGAAAGGUUUUUGAAAAAGCUGGUGUAAAUAUUUCCGUGGUAGAAGGGCAUCUCCCACCAAGCGCAGUCACCCAAAUGCGUUCCCGAGGUAAAAAUCUACAAGAUGGUAAAUUACCCUUCUAUGCAGCAGGUAUCAGUGCCGUAAUACACCCAGUAAAUCCCAUGGUACCUACAAUACAUUUUAACUACCGAUAUUUUGAGGUACAAAACGGUAAUGAGACACAGUGGUGGUUCGGAGGCGGUACAGACUUGACGCCGUAUUAUCUCAACACAGCGGACUGUAUACAUUUCCACAACACGCUUAAACAAGCUUGCGAUAAACAUGACAAAACUUACUAUCCCAAGUUCAAGAAAUGGUGUGACGAUUACUUCCAUGUAGUACACAGAGGUGAAAGAAGAGGUGUUGGGGGUAUAUUUUUCGAUGAUUUAGACACACCAGAUCAAGAGAAGUGUUUUAGCUUCGUUACUGACUGUGCCAAUGCGGUACUGCCUUCAUAUGUACCUUUAGUUCAAAGACACAAAAUAGCGAACUAUACGAAAGUGGAACGAGAAUGGCAACUUUUAAGGCGGGGUAGAUAUGUCGAAUUCAAUCUAAUUUACGACAGAGGAACGAAAUUUGGUUUGUACACACCAGGAGCUCGGUAUGAGAGCAUUUUAAUGUCGUUGCCUCUCUAUGCGAAAUGGGAAUAUAUGCAUGAACCAUCUUCAGAAUCACCUGAAGGCAUUUUAUUAGAAGUAUUAAGAAAUCCAAAAGAUUGGGUCGAUGUGACUAAUACAAAUGAAAGUAAUACAAAAGAAGAGUUGUAGGUUUACUUAAAAUAAUUUAAGAUUAAAGUAUUUUUUCCUUGGUGCACCAUAGACUGUGAUUUGAGGGUUCAAUAAAAAACUGUACAUAAUUAA